AACCAAAACGGUUUCUCUCUCCUUCUCUCUUUCUCUCUCUUCUUCACUUUCCCGAGAAAAUAUCUGAGAAAAUCCGGGAAAAUUGGCUUGAGAAAGAGAGGUGUGUUUUCUCUCCACCCACCCAUGAAGAUCCACCGUGGCGACCCCUCUUGGGGUCGUCUUUGCCCUCAAUUUGCCAUGGCAUUGGCCGUGCUUCUUCUUUCUGCUAAUGUAGGAUUGGUUGCCGGUGAUGCCUACGUGUAUGCUUCUCCUCCACCGCCGUCUUACGAGUAUAAGUCGCCGCCGCCACCGACUUACUCUCCUCCUCCGGUUUAUGAGUACAAAUCUCCACCACCACCGUCUCCGUCUCCUCCUCCACCGUACUACUACAAAUCUCCACCGCCUCCUGUCUACUCUCCACCUCCACCGUACUAUUAUAAGUCUCCUCCACCACCAUCGCCCUCGCCUCCACCACCGUAUUACUACAAGUCCCCACCACCACCAUCGCCAUCUCCUCCUCCGCCAUACUACUACAAAUCUCCUCCACCUCCGGUGUAUUCUCCUCCUCCACCGUACUAUUACAAGUCUCCACCACCUCCGGUGUAUUCUCCUCCUCCACCCUACUACUAUAAAUCUCCACCACCUCCGGUGUAUUCUCCUCCACCGGUUUAUUCCUACAAAUCUCCACCACCACCAACUUACUCGCCACCACCAGUGUACUACUCUCCACCAAAGCCCUACACGCCGCCACCAGUUUAUUAUUCUCCUCCACCAAAGGUGUACACUCCACCCUACUACUCACCACCAAAAUACUCGCCGCCACCGGUUUACUACUCUCCACCACCUAAGGCGUACACUCCACCCUACUACUCACCACCAAAAUACUCACCGCCACCGGUUUACUACUCUCCACCACCGAAGUCAUACACUCCACCCUACUAUUCUCCACCAAAAUACUCGCCACCACCGGUGUACUACUCUCCACCGCCGAAGUCGUACACUCCACCCUACUACUCUCCACCAAAAUACUCGCCACCACCGGUGUACUACUCUCCACCACCGAAGUCGUACACUCCACCCUACUACUCACCACCAAAAUACUCGCCUCCACCGGUUUACUACUCUCCACCACCAAAAUCUUACACUCCACCCUACUACUCACCACCGACUUACUCGCCACCACCAGUUUACUACUCUCCACCACCAAAGGCUUAUACUCCACCUUACUACUCCCCACCAAAAUACUCGCCACCACCGGUUUACUACUCACCACCACCACCAGUUUAUUACUCGCCACCACCAAAGGCUUACACUCCACCCUACUACUCACCACCAAAAUACUCGCCACCACCGGUUUACUACCCUCCAACACCAAAGCCCUACACUCCACCAUACUACCCGCCACACCACCACUUAGUUUUCAAGGUGGUCGGAAAAGUCUAUUGUAUCCGAUGCUAUGACUGGGCCUACCCCGAAAAAUCACACGACAAGAAGCACCUUAAAGGAGCUGUUGUGGAAGUUAGUUGCAAGGCAGGAAAGGAAGAGGUAGUAGCUUAUGGAAAGACUAAGAGCAAUGGCAAAUAUAGCAUUGAAGUUAAGGGAUUUGACUAUGCUAAAUAUGGAGGCAAGGCUUGCAAGGCUAAGCUCCAUGCACCCCCGAAGGGCUCGCCGUGCAACAUCCCGACCAACCUUCACUGGGGCAAGGUCGGUGCCAUUUUGAAGGUUAAGUCCAAGACUAAAUACGAGGUCGUGCUGUACGCCAAGCCUUUUGCUUAUGCUCCAAAGAAGCCCUACCAUGAGUGCAUAAAGCCUAAGCCUUACUAUCCACCUCCCUACGUCUACAAGUCACCACCACCUCCUGUCUACUCUCCUCCCCCGGUGUACUAUUACAAAUCGCCUCCUCCUCCCGUCUACUCUCCUCCCCCAGUGUACUAUUACAAGUCACCACCACCUCCAGUGUACUCUCCUCCUCCAGUAUACUACUACAAGUCACCACCUCCUCCAGUGUACUCUCCUCCUCCACCGUACUAUUACAAGUCACCACCACCUCCAGUCUACUCUCCUCCUCCACCGUACUACUACAAGUCACCUCCUCCUCCAGUCUACUCUCCUCCCCCGCCGUACUACUACAAGUCACCACCUCCUCCCGUCUACUCUCCUCCUCCACCGUACUACUACAAGUCACCACCACCUCCAGUGUACUCUCCUCCUCCACCAUACUACUACAAGUCACCUCCUCCUCCAGUGUACUCUCCUCCUCCACCGUAUUACUACAAGUCACCACCACCUCCAGUGUACUCUCCUCCUCCACCGUACUACUACAAGUCACCCCCACCACCCGUCUACUCUCCUCCUCCAGUGUACUACUACAAGUCACCACCUCCACCAGUCUACUCUCCUCCCCCGCCAUACUACUACAAGUCACCACCACCUCCAGUGUACUCUCCUCCCCCACCGUACUACUACAAGUCACCACCACCUCCAGUCUACUCUCCUCCCCCACCGUACUACUACAAAUCACCACCUCCUCCCGUUUACUCUCCUCCUCCACCGUACUACUACAAGUCACCACCUCCUCCAGUCUACUCUCCACCCCCACCAUACUACUACAAGUCACCACCUCCUCCCGUCUACUCUCCUCCCCCGCCAUACUACUACAAGUCACCCCCACCUCCGGUCUACUCUCCUCCUCCACCAUACUACUACAAGUCCCCACCACCACCAUCUCCAUCACCUCCUCCACCAUACUAUUACAAAUCUCCUCCCCCUCCUUCACCUUCUCCUCCUCCCCCGUACUAUUACAAAUCUCCCCCACCACCCGUGAAAUCACCACCCCCCGUUUACAUUUACGCAUCGCCGCCGCCACCUCCACCAUAUUAAGCUCUAAAAAAGUUCAACCCCAAUCUUGUUUUCUUUUCAAUAGCGGAAUAAAUAAAGGCUUCAUUAAUGAAAUAGUUAAAGGUGGAGAAUUCAGCCCAUUGAAUAAUAAGGAUCCAUUCGCAAGAACACAUCACCAUUCAAACACUCAUAGAUUGGACCAGAUUGCAUGUUCUUCCCUUGUUGCUAUCUUCCAUAUCAUCUUAUUAAGUGGCUUCAAGGGCUCAAUACGCAUCAAUGGCAGGGCUUGGAAAUUGCAGAAGAUUAUUGAUUGUUUGUGAUUUUAAAUAGUGAAGCCUUUUGUUAUUUGUUUAAAUUAUCUCAUUUGUGAAUAGAUUAAGUGCGCAUUUGUGUUAAGAUUUGGGAUUUUGUGUUCAAUUUGGGUUAUUUAUUUCAUUAUGGUGUCUAUUU